UUUCAAAGUAUACACUCACUUUAGCACUUGCUCCCCAUCCGAACAUCGAUAUGACCAACUUUGCUUUAAUGAUCUCGGCCAUUGUUGCUGCGACUGUGGUGGCACUGGAGGCCAAUCCCGCGGCACUCAAAUCGGAGUUCCCCCCGUCGCCAGCCAUGGGUUCCUCGUCAGGGUCCCUCACUGGACCUUCGCCCAAGUCCCCCUUCUCAGACACGUCGAGUAACCACCAGCCCAAGGGCCAGUCCUGUGACCAAGUGAGUGUUCUGAACGACGCAGUGUACUGCAUCAAGGGGCCUGCGUGCAGUGGACGGGGGGCGAUGCCCACUGCAGUCCGAUGUCCUCAAGCGGGGGCUACUGCCGUGGACGGUUGCACCCCAUCACUGCGAAGUUUCGACGGCAACUGGGGACUAUGUGUGGCUCCUGUCUCGUCCGUGUGCAGAAAGCUACCCAAAUCCGACACGUGGGGCUGCGUGUGGCCUUGA